AUGCGGUAUUUGAAUCAAGGAAAGAGUGGGGACUCAGCUAAAGCUAAAAAAAAAUAUGUAUAUGCUGAUUCAUUGUCGUUCCUUCAACAUUCCCUUGAAAAAAGAAAGACAAGUGGAAAUGUUAAAGUUAUAGAGGAAUCCACAAAUCCACAAGAGUUAGACAUGUCUACAAAUGAAGAAGGGGUUGAUUCAGAAGCUGACGAUUAUAGAGCCUCUCUUUCCUCAGAUAUUUCUUCGUCUUACAUAGCCACUCGACAGUCAAAAAAACAAAAAAAAUCAUCUACAGAAUCUCUUUUUCAAUCAAAAAAAAUAAAACUACUACAAACUGAUGAAACCCCAGAUCCAGAUACUACAAUUUUGAUGUCAUUCUUACCAAAGUUAAGAAUGUUAACUGAAGACCAAAAAACCGACUUUCAAAUAUAUGUAUUACAGUUUUUUAAAAACUUAUCUCGACCCUAUCAACCCAAUAUGUAUAACUAUCUGCAACCAAUAAACAGUUAUGUAGACAAUCCCACAAGGUUUCAAAAUAUUCAAACAACUCCACAACAUCAACUAACACAGUUACAUUCUCCAUCUGCCUUUAACCAACCACAAACAUAUACAAGUACAAUGCAACAUCACAUGGCACAGCAACAAGCAUUUGAAGCAGAACCACCAAGUACACAGGGCCACCUUUCUGAAUACCCUAAUUAG